GCCGAGCAGCGUGGACUAGGUGACAGUCAGGCAGGCGGAGUGGUGUGGUUCGCUGGUGCUGGUAGUGCCUAAGAGACCGUUCAUUUCUAAGGAUGCUGGUGGGAAAUGCCUGGAGACAGAGAUGACGAGAUUUGUCAAAAGGCACUUGAACUCCUGUCGGAUCUUUGUUCGAAGGGGGAAGUGCAGAACGAACACUGCCUGGAUUUUAUCUACUAUUUCAGAGACCUCGCCAGACCACGCUAUUCAGAUUCAGAUAUAUCGGUGAGUCUCCUGUCACUGGUAGUGACUGCCUGUGGCCUGGCCCUGUUUGGGGUAUCCCUCUUUGUCUCCUGGAAGCUCUGUUGGAUACCAUGGAGGGAACGUGGGCUCUCUCCUACCACCAAGGAGCCCCAUGGGCACAUCAACCCAACCAUGAGCCCUCCACCCACACAGCCCACACCCAGGCAGCCAGUUUACACAGCUGUGGACCCACCGACGCACAACCGCCGUGAGUCAUCUCAAUGCUCCAUCACCAGAGAGCCCACUCUUGUGGCGUCAGAAGUGUCUGUGGAGGGUCCGGUGACUCCUUUGUCACCACCACCUGUCAUGGCCACACCAGAGGCUGCCAUGAAGAUCAGCCACACAUCUCCAGACAUCCCACUGGAUGCCCAGAGUAAAACCCGGGAGAAUGGGGUUCACACCAACCCCCGUAUGCAGAGACAGACCACUGAACCUCCACCAUCUGGUCACUCCAUGUCUGAAAUUGGACAAGGGACCAUCCGUAGACACAUGAACCGGUCAAAUCCAGACUUCAAUGUGGCCCAGUUCCAAAGGCAGGAUUCCCUCACUGGAAUGGGGUUGGGCCUUGGCCGCCUCAAACCUGAGCUGUACAAACAGCGGUCUCUCGAAGGAGAGGAUGGAAGCCGCAGAGGUGGAGGCUGUGGGCGUCUACACUUUAUCCUUAAAUUUGACUGUGACCUUGAACAGUUAAUAGUUAAGAUCCAUAAAGCAGAGGACCUCCCAGCCAAGGACUUUUCUGGUACCUCUGAUCCUUAUGUCAAGAUCUACCUUCUCCCUGAUCGUAUGACCAAGCACCAGACUAAGGUGCACCGCAAGACGCUGAACCCUGUGUUUGAUGAGGUCUUCCUGUUUCCUGUGGCGUAUUCUGAGCUUCCCACACGUAAGCUGCACUUCAGCGUCUAUGACUUCGACCGGUUCUCACGCCAUGACAUUAUUGGUCAAGUGGUCGUGGACAACUUCCUGGAUUUGGCAGACUUCCCCAGGGAGACAAGGCUGUGCCGGGAAAUUCAGUACAUGUCCACGGAUAAUGUGGACCUCGGGGAUCUUAUGUUUUCGCUCUGUUACCUGCCCACUGCUGGCAGAUUGACCAUCACGAUGAUAAAGGCUCGCAAUCUUAAAGCCAUGGAUAUCACUGGUGCAUCUGACCCUUAUGUGAAGGUUUCACUAAUGUGUGACGGGCGCAGACUGAAGAAGAGGAAGACGUCGACUAAGCGGAACACUUUGAAUCCCGUCUAUAAUGAGGCCAUUGUCUUUGAUGUCCCUCCAGAAAAUAUAGAGCAGAUCAGCCUGCUGAUUGCCGUGAUGGACUAUGACCGUGUAGGCCAUAAUGAGGUCAUCGGUGUGUGUCGAGUUGGCAACGAUGCAGACAACCUCGGUCGAGACCACUGGAGUGAAAUGCUCACAUAUCCUCGAAAGCCUGUCGCCCACUGGCAUCCUCUUGUUGAGUACCAGGGGACCACAGGUAGUAGCCAGGGAGGAUCCUGUAAUUCUCUGAAGACGCCUCCUUCUCCGUAGCCUUGAGCAACAAUUCACAAAAGGACACCAAUCAGACAGAAGCCUCAGCUGUACCUUUGGACAGUAGUGCUGCUGAGCGCUGCACAACAUACAAUAUGAUACUGCUAAACAACGACAGGAAAGAAAGACACGAGCUGGACCAGUUGCAUGUUGAAUGACCGCAGAGAUGGAUGUUUUUAUUUUCUAAGAUGUUCCAUAAGAAAAACAACAGGCACAUGCAGACAUUUGAGGUCUGUGCUAUCCCUACGUUUCUACAGUAGUUACUGUUUUUUACAUAGUCUUGUUACUUGUUUUAAUGAGAUGACUGUAUUUGCACAAUGUACUAACAACCAGUUGAACUGCCAUAUUGUUUUUUUAAUUUUGAUUUGGUGGUGAAUUGGUGCAUGAGGUCAUGAU